UCAAUAGAUAUAAGCCGUUAGGUAGCAGAAAGCCAGAACCCAUCCCGUCCUUACACGUUUCUAGCAACGAAACCAACAUGGCCGCCAAUGCUUCGUAUCAACAGGCCUAUCAGGUCCUGAGCGAGAUCUUCGACUUCCCCAAUGACGAGCAAAGAAGCUGGUGGCAUAGCACGGCGCCCAUGUUUGCGCAGCUGCUCCAGACCGCCGACUAUGAGAUUCACACUCAGUACCGGUGUCUGGCCAUGUUCAAGAAGCAUGUCAUCCCCUUCCUGGGUGUGUACCCCACCAACGAUCGCGAUCGCUGGCUGAGUAUCCUCACCCGCUACGGAACCCCCUUCGAGCUCAGCCUCAACUGCUCGGACUCGCUGGUGCGAUACACCUACGAGCCGAUCACGGCGGCUAGCGGCACCACUACGGAUCCCUUUAACACCUUCGCCAUUUGGGAGGCCCUCAAGCCGCUGAUGGCCAUCGAGCCGUCGCUGAACCUGGAAUGGUUCACGCACUUCAAGCGCGACCUGACGCUGGACGCGGCGGAAUCGGCCUGGUUGCAGCAGCACCGCGAGCUGGUGGACGGGCAAAUCCAGACGCAGAACAAACUGGCCCUGGACCUGAAGGGCGGGCGCGUCGUGCCCAAGACCUACAUCUACCCGGCGCUGAAGGAGACGGCCACGGGGCGGUCGGUCCAGGAGCUCAUGUUCUCCUCGAUGCGAAGCCUGGCUCACCGCUACCCGGCCAUCAGCGCGCCGCUGGACAUGUUGGAGGCAUACGUGCACUCGCGCGGCCCGCACAGCACCGCGACGCCGCGGCUCCUCUCGUGCGACCUGAUUGACCCGGCCAAGUCGCGCAUCAAGGUCUACCUGUUGGAGCGGAUGGUCUCGCUCGACGCGAUGAGGGAGCUGUGGACGCUGGGCGGCCGGCGAGAUGACGCCGCCACGCACGACGGCUGGGCGAUGAUCGAAGAGCUCUGGGAGCUGCUCGACAUCCCCCCGGGGCUGCGCUCCUACCCGGAGCCCUUCCUCCCGCUGGGCUCCAUCCCGCCCCCGGGCGAGCUCCUCCCCAGCAUGGCCAAUUUCACCCUGCACCAGAACGACCCCAUGCCCGAACCGCAGGUGUAUUUCACUGUCUUCGGCAUGAAUGAUAUGGCCAUCGCCCGCGCGCUGACCACCUUCUUCGCCCGGCACGGCUGGACCCGCAUGGCGCAGCGAUACGAAGAGAGCCUGCGCGCAUCAUACCCGCACGCUCUACACGAGGAGCUGAACUACAUACACGCCUACAUCUCCUUCUCCUACCGCAAAGGUCGCCCGUACCUCAGCGUGUACCUCCAGACAUUGGAGACUGGCGACUGGGCAAUUACACGCUUGGAGCCAGACUGCACCGAAACCAAGGAAGCGAUCCCCGUAUCCGUGAAUGUCGGAUCGAGCUUGUGAAGUACCUCGGCAGUGUCAGUGUCUAGUGUAUUUUGUACUUCGUUGGCUGUGUCUCGGAUUUCAGUACCAGUUUUCAUUCCCUGC